AUGGUACAAUUUUAUGCAAGAGAAGCCAUUUCGUCCGAUAUGAAGAUCAUUAAUAGAGAAGAGAGAGAAGCUCAUGCCAAAUAUCUAGCAACAGAGGGGGCCAAAGGAAUAUUUUAUGGGUCUAUUCUCUCUGUUGGUCUUUUUAACUUUAUAAAAGUAAGAUAUCCAGCCAAAUUCAAAUUAUUCAGCACUAGCAUUAAAACUUGUAUAUUGAUUUUGCCAACGAUUGGAUGUUGUGCGUUCUGGGCAGAUCGAGGAUCAGUUGUUUUUGAUAGAAGAAUGCAUUCAUAUGGUGGUGGGCCCAAGAUCCUCGAGGAACUAAGAAAGUGGAAGGCCAUGUCAACUUAUGAAAAAACUGUAACCGUUGUCAAAGAUAACAAGUACAAAAUCCUCAUAGGUACAUGGUUAGGGUCUAUUUAUGGGACAUGGGCAUAUGUAGAAAGCAAUAAAUUAAUGGAUGCUACAAAAAAGGCUGCUACGAUUAAAAGGGUUAAUGGUGGUAGUACCGGGGUCUUUGCAUUGGCACUAGCCUCCUGUCUUUUGAAUGAAAGACUUCUCAAUGGAUUCAUAUCACCAAAAUCUGAUGUGAACAAAUAA